GAGAGGAGGGGGGGUUGGUGUGUGUGUGUGUGUGUGCAUCAAAGCCAAGUCACCUUCCCCAGUGUGUUUGCAUCCAUGUUGGGGUGUCCCCAAAAAAGCUCUGGCACUGGUGGGGUUAUUUUUUUUGGUUUCUUCUCAUUCUUGGUGAUGGGGACAAUGUUGGGUUUGGUUUUUUUUUUUUUUUUUGAGUUCCCACCAGGAGCUUCAGGGUUUUUCUCCACCCUGCCAGAGCAGCCAGGCACAUCCCACCAUUUCUGGCUGUGGGUUUGUGCUUCCAUCACCCCCCCCCCUGGGAUGUCCCAAAAGUUGGGGGAACUGGGAUACCCCACUCUGGGAUAUCCCAAGAAAGGGGGGAAGGGAGAGAUCUGGGGUACCUUCCCCUGGGAGGUUCCAGAAAUGUUGGUGCUGAGACCUGAGGUGGCUGUGACUUGGCAAAGCUCUGGUAACAACCAGGAGGUGACACCUCCUGGUCCUUGUGCUCCAUCCCCAUGGCAGAACUUGGUCAUCUAAGGGAUGCCCUUAAUCCUUGGGUUAAGCUUGGCCUUAGACCUGCUUUACCUGUUCCUGGUGGGAUUAAAAUCCAUUUGGCUUGCAACAAUGACCCUGGGAUGCUCUGGCAACCUGGGAUGUGCAGGAUAUGUCGUCACAGCUCAUGGUCCCCCAGCCAUGGUGGGAUGUCCCCAUCCCCUUCCAAGGUCAUCCUGGCUCCUUCUGUGGCCCAGCAGCACCCUAAACAUCUCAGAUGGGGCCCAAAGGUGCUGGUGUUACAGGGGAUGGUGCCGAUGAAAACUGGGGCUUGGUGGCUCUUGCUGUGAGGGUGCAGCUCCCCAGGAGGGGGAGAAGGGUUGGUUGGCUUCAUGCUGGUGUGUCCCUUAACUGGGAGCAACUGGGAGGAGCUGGAACACUGAGGAGACUCAUUUUAGGCUGUUCCACCCCACAGUUAUGGGACCAUCCUAUAAAUACCCAGCUCUGCCCCACUCGCCUUCCCCCAGCAUCUCCCCUCCUGAGUUUAAUUAGCUCAGCCCCAUGAUGCCGGGCGCUAAUUAGGAGAAACUCGUCAGGCAGAGGCCCUAACGAGGCUCUGGUGGGGCUCUCAUGGGACCGUGACGACCGGGGGAAUUUCCAUGCGGGCAGCAGAGGCUGGAUCCGGGUUUGGGUUAUUAUUCCUUUUUUUUUUUCUUCUUCCCCUCCCUUCCCCUGUGCUGUCAGCACUAAUUUUAAUUUUAACAGCUAAUUGCUGAGCCCAAAGAGUUGGGGGAUGAGCCUGGGGGAGACACCUUUUCUUUUCCUUGUUUGUUUGUUUUAAAUUUAAAUAUAUUUAGUCUUUGAGUGACUUCAUUUCCUUGAGGCAGAUAGGAUAAGGAUUUCCUCAGGAGCAGGAAAAAAAGCCUUUAUUUCAGGGUGUUUGGCAUCAUCUCCUUCCCCUCCUCCUUGCAGGGUUGGGCCUUCUCCUGUUCUGGAUGGAGUUGGGAUCUGCAAAGGACAGGGGUGAUGUUGGACCUCCCAUCAAAAUCUCUGAUAAAACUUUUCUGGGGGUGGUGGUGGUUGGGCUGCUGCAGGGAUAUUCAGCCAGAUGCCUUGGAACAUCUUGGAAUAAUGCCCCGAAUUUGCUUUUCCAGUGGGAUUUUUUCCCAGACGGUGACCCUGGUGUUACUUUGGGCAGGUCUCCCACUGGUGAUGAAGAGGAUCGGGAUGCUCUGGUGGCUCCUCGCCAUCCUGGGGGUGCUGAGCGGAUCCAGCGCAGGGACCUGGAGCCAGCAUCCCCGGGCUCUCGGGAUGCCGAGAUGCCCACCCGGAGAGGAGCCCACGGGUGGGACGUGCCGCCCGUGUCCUCCUGGUACCUUCUCCCCGGGGGACGCGUCCUGCUCCCCUCACACCCGCUGCCGGGCUGGGAACAGGCUCCUGGGGACACCGGGGACAGCGGUGACUGACAGCAGCUGCGGACCCUGCCUGCCGGGGUUUUACAGCCCUGAAGGGGAUGGGGAGCCCCGGGGCCGGUGCCUGCCCUGCACCUCUGCCCCCCGCAGCACCCCGGGGUGCCCAGGUCGGCGACGAAUCCGCAGCCCCGAAAUGCUGGAUCAGCCGACAGGGACCAAUGGGACACGGGUGACCCUGCUGGGUGAGGAGGAGGAGGAGGAGGCAGCAGCACAAGCAGCUGUACUGACCAUCGUCCCAGUCUUCUGCACCAUGGGGUUGCUGGGCAUCUUGGUCUGCAACCUGCUGAAGAAGAAGGGUUACUACUGCACCACCAGCAAGGACCCUCAGCCCCCCAGCACUGGUCCCAGCUCCAUCUACCAACUGGAGGAUGCCAAUGAGGACACCAUCGGGGUGCUGGUGCGGUUGAUCACUGAAAAGAAAGAAAAUGCUGCAGCGCUGGAGGAGCUGCUGAAAGAGCAUUAUGGCCACCAGCCAAUGUCACCCCCAGGCUACACCCCCCUGAAUAAGCUGCACCUCCUGCCUCAGUUUCCCUCCUCCUGCCGUCACCAGCAGCACCUCCACACGGUGCAGGGUCCAGCCCCCUGUGCCCGCUGCAGCCAGAAGAAGUGGCCUGAGGUUCUGCCACCGUUUGGUGCCACCAAGGUCCUCAAGGCUGGGAGUCGCCCUGGUGAGGUCACUAUCCUCUCUGUUGGCAGGUUUCGGGUGUCCCGGAUCCCUGAGAUGAGGAGUGAGGUGGGGGGUGAACCCCCCCGUGGUGCCCUCCCCGUUGGUAAUGGGAUGCAGCCCCCCUGGCUGAAAAGCACUGAUGGCCCCCCCGAGCUGGCACCUGGCCUGGGGGCUGCCUCAGGGGGACGGUGACACCCACAGAGACCCCAUGGAUGGAGGACACUGGGGACCACGUGAAAGCCAGCUCCACUUGGUGCCAUGAAGUGCUGGAGGUGUCCAGCGGCAGCACAGCCCAUCCAACAUCUUGCCCAGCUGGUGAGAAGGAUUUCCUGUCCCUGAGGUCUGGUGGUGGCCAUAGCAUGGUGGCCAGAUGGAGAGCAUCUCUGGGAGCUGCAGUGCUGGUGGUGGUGGCCAUGGUGUGGUGGCCUGGUGGAGAGCACCUCCAGGAAUCACAACGCCACAGCACAGCCCCCUUGAGGCACCAUGGAUGUCACAGGGCCAGGAUGCCAUUUGAUGGUCACCUCCUGGGUCUGUUGAACUGAAGCCUCUCCAGGAACAUCAUGAGCUCUUCAGUCCCCUCUGUCACCAGGUGCCAGCACUCAACAUCACAGGCUACAAUGGUCCCUGGAUCGUGGGACAACUCCGACCUUACCAACAACCCAACAGGGACAUGACUUGCUCUGCCCAAGGCUGGUCUCCUGCAUCCACAUCUCCUCGAUCUGAAGUCCCAGUCAGCCCAGAAGAACAUGGUGGUGACGCUCUGCUCACCAUCAAGUUCACACACCACUUGCCAUAGGAGCAGCUUCUAUAGGAUCACAUCAGCUUGGCCACGUUGGGCCUGGUGGAAAAACCCACCCAAGGCUGGCUUGGAAGACCUUCAAUCUCCACCACCAACCUCGCAGUGGGUUUCCAGCCAAGUUUACUUCUCCACCACGUCACCACACCAAAAAAAAAAACCAACAAACACCCCCAAACAACCAACCACCAAACCCUCUCGGGCUCUUUUAUUUAUUAUUAAUUAUUAAUUAUUUUUUUUUUUUUGGUGGGUUUUUAUUUUUUGGAAACAUUUUAAUAGUUCUCGAAUGUUCUACAUCUUACAGUAAAUAUGGUACAAGUUACAAA